AUGGCAAAAGUCAUCUUCACACCAUGGAAGGGUCAAUCCCAAUUACUGGCUGUGCGGAGCCAAUUCUAUCCACCGCCUUCAUAUGACGGGCCGGACAUGCGUUCGAAGGCUUGUGCAGUGGUUGGAGCAUGGAAGUUACGGGGAAAUCUCCCUCAUCCAGUCGAGGCAACUGCCUUGUUAACAGAUGCGAUUCUGCAUGAUGAUGCGCAGAAAAACUCGAUAUUUUCGAUUAGAGCGACCUACUCUGCUGCUUUUUGUCGCUUCGUAACGGGUCUUGUCGACUCGAAACUGCACGGGCAGAGAAAAACCAUGUUCCAAAGAGCAACUGACCUCGGGCUUCCGGCGUCGUUUGUCGAAUUGCGACAUGAGGCGACGCAUCGUGAAUUGCCUUCUUUGAUUGUUCUGCGGAAUGCGGCGCAGCGGUCGUUGGAGUGGUUGUGGGACUAUUACUGGGCGAAAGUGGAGGCAGAUGCGGAUUCUGUUUCUCCUCAGCCUGGGCUUAACCCUGCAACGGAGGGUGUUGAGGAUGAGGAAGUCAAGACGGCUGUUUUGAGUACUCUGGAGCAGUUCCAGGGGACAGGGGAGCCGCUGCGGAAGAAGAGAAAGGUGCAGGAUGAGCAGGCUUCGAUUGCGAUGCAGUUGAUUUCGAUAUGUAAGGAUUUCGGGAGGGGGGCGGUUAUUCUUUCGAGGGUGUUGAUUGAUGGGGGGAUUUUGAUACCAAAGGGGAGGAAACUGGGUGAUUCUUUGAAUGAGGUUUACGCCAAGUGGGAUCAGUUCCUGCAGAUGGUUGUUACCGGUCAUCCUACGUUCCUAACAGCGUGGACAGAGGAGAUGGUCAACGACCUGGCGUUUACAAGAGCACUCAACCCGAAGAGCAAUUCCUACUGUGAAGGAGUCUACAUGUGGCUGGACCACGUACUGAACUCGAAGCAGUGGAAGACCGGCAGACGAUUACUAUCCCUUGGAUACAUCCGUACUGUCUGUACAGAGAGUCCAAACCACUGGACAAGUCUUCUGAAGGAGAACCUAAAAGAUAACGACCUCUCCAGUACAUCUGCCUCUGACCGAAAACGCGACACUACAGUCAAGAAGGCAGCCACCCCAGACGAUCUGAAAGAGCUGAGCAAACACGGCUGGGAAUCACUAGAUAUAUGGGACAGUCGACCACUAGGCAUUGUCUAA